AUGCUACUUUGCUUUCGACCAUACGCACGGAUAGAUGCAAGUGCACAAACCGCGAUGGCCCUCAUGUAUAUGAAACCUGCGCCACAUUACUCGAAUGUCGUAUGGUGGUACGAAGCCUCUCCGACGACUCCAAGUCGGGAAGUGCAACCCGUGCUGAGUGAUCCGGAGAUCGUGACGGAGGGAGUCUCAUCAUCGAAGCAAAUGCCCGGUCCAGAUGCUCACAAGUGCAGUACUUCAAUAAACCCCCUGCCUCCAAGUGCAAGCUCUCCAUCCGCCGUCGUGGCGCCCUCUCCUGCUUCCCUCCAUGAUAUUCAAUUUCCCCUCAUCUCCUCAGUUCGCCAAGCGAUUGACCGCACACCCGCAUUUCCGAAGGGACUCGAGUCGAAAGACAGUUCGGAUCCAGUCCUCCUCAACUUUGCGUGCAUGCCUUUGACUCUACUUCCAACUGUCAGCUUAUCGUCCGCUCAGGAGUUUUUGACAUUCGAAGUUACGUGCACCGGCCGACCUUCACUGAGGCCGGCACUUUCUUCGCAGGAUUCGUUUGCUUCUUCACAUUCGGGCUCUAGUAAUACUUCGGCGACCCCCCGCAGAAGUCGCCCGACCCUAUCACCGGAAGCCCUACUGGUACAUGCCUUUGGUCCGUCGGCGCUAAGUCGAUUUUCACCUCCCAUAGGAAACGAGGGACAAACAUCUCAGUCCUCGUCGUCUUCCUCCCGUGACUCAUCAAAAUCCCGUCGUCGAAAGCACAGCAUAAAUACUUCAUCUCUUCCUCCUCAACCACCUCCCGGGACUUUCCGCUCUACGCCUAAACCCGUGAAAAUUCCCUCAAACCAGCUUUCGCUAUCCGAAUUAAAUCCAUUUCAAAUGCAUGGGGGCGAUUCCAUGGAAGAACUUAGAGGGGACAUGUCGUCUCGAGAAUGUGAACGAUCGUCUAUACGCGAACCGCUUAUGUCACCAGUCAAAUGGCGCGAGAAAGUCGAAGGACGUGUCCAACGGCGCAAGCUUUUGCGUUUAAGAGACCCACCUGGCGAAGCGGGGAAGAUGCCCCUCGACAUUGAUUGUCGCCCCAUGGAAGGUUCGAUGAAUCUUGCUCCUGCAACAGAAAUGCCGAAUACCAGGAAGUCGAAGUCAAAGAAGCGGGACAGUACAUCACCAGUAUUGUCGAAAGAAGUAGCUGAGAUCGUGAAGCAAGAGGCGGAGCGGUUAUUGGUGGAGGAGAAGAAGGGGACGAGCCGGCCUUCAUCUAGACAAAGACCCAUAAUGGAGACGAACGACCUCGAUGACUUGAUCAAGCAGUGCGAUAAAAUACGCCUACAAGAGACUUCCGAUUGAUGUACUCUUCUCCAUGCUUUUGGUUUCUAAUUGCACAUUCGGCCACCUCAAAAUGAGACUAAACGCUUUAAAUUCGGUCUCAUUCCACCCAAAAGUUGUCUCGAUUGCGUCUUCAGUACCUCGUUCCCCCGCGCCUCAGCAUUAAGACUGUCGGUCCAUGCAUACACGGAGUUUCGUCUUAUAAUAUUUUCGUAUCCCCGGGUUUAUUCGCACUUCGCCACCCUCUUCUGAUCUCAACAAAUAGAACGUUCACGGCUUUUCUUACAAACUUUUCGAUCCUUUGCUUCCUGCCAGACAGGUGCAAUGUCGCCCAGCGGGUAAGCUAUGCACGUUGUUCCACGUAUGGAACAUUGCCUUCUCGUUCGUCUGUCGUCGUUGCUUUUGACCUACAUAUAUGCACUCCAUCGUCACCUCACAACUCCACCAUACACGAUUCCAUCACCUGAACGAGUUCUCAUUUACACCCAUGCUCGCUGCUCAUGAUUAUAUCAAUAUCGUUUGAUUCCCCAUGUUCAGAAUUCACCAGCCA